AUGGGAAAGGUUAGCUUGUCGCCAUUGCUCCAUGACACUCUUGUGUUCAUGAAGAAGUUUGCCUCGAAAAUAACUGUGACGAGAACAAGCAUAUGCUCGAAGUCGAUCUUGGUUGAGAUGCCGGAGUUUUGUGACUGUUGCUUUACCGUCAAAACCAGGGAUUUUGCGGCAAUGCUGAAGCAGACACAGGAAUUCACGGUGGAAGACAAGGCACUAAAAUAUAGAUACGAGGUGGGCGUGGGAGGAGACCUAAUUAAGGUGGAGAAAAGAAUGAAAAAACAUGACGAGGUCUAUCAGAUUGCAGGGGGGUUUCCAUUGUUGAGCAUCGUGGUAAAUGGGUUUAAGGUUUUGAGCUCUGAUGACCUCUUAAUAAGAGCUGGGAAGGACGGGAGCCUUACUCUUGAGUCUUUUGGGAUUGUUAAAACAAAGUCCGAAUACCUUGGACUCAGGGUUCCCGAACACACAGUCGAUCUGGUAGCUGUAAAGGUAAAGAGCAGAGACCUGCGGAUUCUGGAGGACCUUAGAGGAGAUCUUAUUUUCUCUUUUUUGGACUCACACAUACUGGUGUACUCACUAGGGAAUAAUUCCACCACUGUUGUACAAAUAGGUAUCCUUAGCACAUAG